AUUCCCCCUGUAACUAUCCUCCUUCACUCCUUCCACACCAACUGUGUUCUUUCAUUUCAUUCAUUUAACCAAUCCAUUCCUUUACUUACCUAUACCCAUAUACUUGUCAGCCUUUGUCAUGUCCGAUUACGAGUCCCUUUUGGAGUUUGAAGAUAGUUUACAAACAAGCACCCAGAAAGAUACUUCGAUUACUUUGGGCAACUUGGAAGCCAAGAUCGAGUACAACUUGGUGGUUCCGUCCGACCAUUCUACCACCUCCCCAGAAAUCGCGUUAGAAGCCAUUUUCAACGGUUACGACUAUUCUAUGGAUGAGUUUACUUCGUGCAACAUCUGUGGUAAACCAAUAAACACCAACAGCGAUUGCUGUUUGAAGUUUAUUGAACAGUCCAAGCUCUCAUCAUCGUUAGAGUCGAGUUACUGGAGAUUGUUUUUGAAUAGUCCCACAAGAACCAUCAACACUCUUCCUCACUAUUCCCAGUUAUUGUUCUUGGAACAGGGAAUCCCAUUUCAGCUCCGGCCAACCGUCUGGAAGAAAUUGUUUUUGAUUCACUACAACAACGAGAUACCCGAGGCGUGUUUGUUGGUGUACAAGAACUUUCAACACUCGUACAACUCGGAGACGUCAGAUCAGAUCAGCAAGGACUUAAACAGAACCUUUCCAACUGUUUCGUUUUUCCUUGAUGAGAGAAACAUCAAGCAGCUUGAAACCGUCUUGAACGUCUAUGCGAACUACGACGUGGAAUUAGGCUACUGCCAGGGAUUAUUGUUCUUGGUGGGUACGUUAUUCUAUCAGUUCAAGGAUCCCCAGCUCACUUUCCACUCGUUGAUUACCAUCAUGGAGUCCGAGGUGGAAUUGCAUGACAUCUUCACCCAAGAAUUGAUGUCCUCCACCUUGAACAAAUGGUACAGUGAGUUCACUGGGAUGUUAUCCAAAUUAGACAAUGAGCUUUACGUGCAUAUGUCAUCAUUUGUGGAUAUGAAGGUAUUCUUAUACCAAUGGUGGCUUUCGUUCAUGUCGAGUCACACCCCAGAUUUUUCCAUCAUCAAUCGGAUCUUAGACUUUUGCUUAAUCCAAGGCUGGAAAAUAGGAAUGUUCAAGAUUUCUGCUGGGUUAUUAUUGGUUAACAAACCCAUUUUGAUGUCGUUGACAGAUGGAGAGGAAGAGGUGGUUUAUCAGCACCUUUUAUACGAGUGCAAAUGGGGGUUGGCAUUGAAAGAUAUCAACCAUUUCUUUGGUGAACUAUUAAUGAACUUUGACCCCCUGUUUUUCAACAAGAAUGAAGAUAUGUUGCAUAUUAACAAGCCCAUGAAAACACAUAAGAGAACCCAGUCUUCCAUGAUUGAUAAGUUCAGAAGUUUGAACAUCUCAAGCUACUCUUUGGGCAACACCUCCAACAACUCGAUUUUCUCCAAGAAAAUCUACACAACUGUCAACAAUGACACAGACUCUGUGUACUCCGAGGUCACCAUAGACUCGAGUAGUUCGGGAAACUCAAAAUUUGCAGAUUACUUGAAGAUCCCAUCACCUUUCGCCAAUAGCGAAAUAUCAAGACAAAAUAAGACCAUGAAAGAUUUGUUGAUCAAAUGCAUGGCAAACCUUGAUGAUGAGGAAUUAAUCAAGGAGAUUAUUCAAGUGAUUGCUUAAUAGGUACAUAAUAGAGACAGUUUAUAUUAUACCAAUUGACAAUUUAUCCGGGUAAA